AUGUCCGCCUCUCCCACAAACUCACCUGCCUUUACUCCCCGCCAGCUCCCCUCUUUCCGAAACGUCAAGCGUUCCCGACCGAAUGUCUCCGGUAGACCUCUCUCCCUGCCUCGUCUCCUAGAGACCCUGGACACCGAUGCCUUGCGGACGGUGUUACGGACCAUGUGCGAACGCCACCCUCAACUCGCCGACGAGGUGGCCCAGACUUCUCCACGACCAAGUGUCUCUUCUACUUUGCAAGUACUACGGAACUACCAGGCCGCCCUCCAGUCCUCUUUCCCCCUAGGUGGCAACACUGAGUCCGACUACGCCUACAACCGAGUUCGGCAGCCACUCACGAACCUUCUCGAAGCCCUGAGUGACUUCACUCCAAACUUUCUCCCUCCUAAUGAGCCGCAACCGUCGAUAUCUUUGAGCUACCUGGACGGGGCGACCGAUAUUAUCCACGCCCUGCCCCGCUGGAGCACACCACAGAACAACAUCGAGCGGGACUCGGCUUACGACGAGAUCUGCAAAGCCUGGAUCCUGGUGAUCCGGGAGGCGGCAAAGCGAGGCGGAGGUAUCCAGCUGCAAUACGGUGGUUGGGACCACAAGCUCACCAAGCACAACCAGAACUCGGGAGGAAAGCUGCAGGCGGCGGUACAUGAGCUCGGGCUCAGCCUGGGGUGGAUGAACGGCCCGGACUCGCCGUCCAACAGCGCUGGCAGCAGUGAAAUGGCGUCCAUCAGAGAUCAGCUCUUCUCGGGUACCUAUGGCUUGGGUACGCCCGUCAAGGUUGGGCCCUGGUGA